UGUUCCCCUUCCUACUUCCCAGCCUGUCCCCUAGGGCAGUCUGACCCAUUCCUCUUGCUGCCCUAUAGAGCACCGGCCAGACCCGGCAAGGAGGACCCAACCCCACCAAUGCCAUCUUUUUGGCCACCAUCCCUCCCCUAGCCCACCCAGAAGGGCUCCUACCGGGAGGAAUUGAGGGCUGCAUUUCAUCCUUGGUUGCUGAGUCCAUGGCAGUCCUCGGAGGAGCUGGAGAUGAGAUGUGGCUCCUCAAUAUACUUCCCUGCAGACAGAUUCCUGUCUCAAAGUCGGCUUCCCAGAGAUCCUGACCUAAAGUAAAUGAUAAUAAAUAUUGAUGGUAUCAAACAUAACAAAACGGUACUAGCCAACACCUAACCCUUUCUACCUGCCAGGAACUGCUCUAAGUGCUUUACGUACAUGUGCGCAUAGUUUUGCAGCCGUGUCCGCAGAGAGGAAUUGCGCCGGGUUCCCUGGGAGGGCGCGGAGCGGAAGCGGAAACAGCGGCGCUGGCGCCGGCGGCCGGGUGGCCAGGAACGGAAGCGGAAGUGGCGGCGGCGCCGGCCUGGCCUGGCCUGGCUGAGGGGAGGCGGCGGGCUGGAGCGAUGGCGGAGGCCGGGCCGCAGGCGCCGCCGCCCCCGGGCACCCCAAGCCGGCACGAGAAGAGCUUGGGACUUCUCACCACCAAGUUCGUGUCGCUUCUGCAGGAGGCCAAGGACGGCGUGCUUGACCUCAAGCUGGCAGCUGACACCCUUGCUGUGCGCCAGAAGCGGCGGAUUUACGACAUUACCAACGUCCUGGAAGGUAUCGGGCUGAUCGAGAAAAAAUCCAAGAAUAGCAUCCAGUGGAAGGGUGUGGGGCCUGGCUGCAACACCCGGGAGAUUGCGGACAAGCUGAUUGAGCUCAAGGCUGAAAUCGAGGAGCUGCAGCAGCGGGAGCAAGAACUGGACAAGCACAAGGUGUGGGUGCAGCAGAGCAUCCGGAAUGUCACAGAGGACGUGCAGAACAGCUGCUUGGCCUACGUGACUCAUGAGGACAUCUGCAGAUGCUUUGCUGGAGAUACCCUCUUGGCCAUCCGGGCCCCGUCGGGCACCAGCCUUGAGGUGCCCAUCCCAGAGGGCCUCAAUGGACAGAAGAAAUACCAGAUUCACCUGAAGAGUGUGAGUGGCCCCAUUGAAGUGCUGCUGGUGAACAAGGAGGCAUGGAGCUCACCGCCUGUGGCAGUACCUGUGCCACCACCAGAAGAUCUGCUCCAGAGCCCACCUGCUGUCUCUACCCCUCCACCUCUGCCCAAGCCUACCCUGGCUCAGCCCCACGACACCUCACGCCCAAGCAGUCCCCAGCUGACCACCCCCACCCCUGUCACUGGCAUCACUGAAGCCCAGGGGGUGCCCGGUACAGCAGCUGAGAUCACAGUGAGUGGUGGCCCUGGAACGGACAGCAAGGACGGUGGUGAGCUCGGCUCCCUCCCACCGGGCCUGGCAGCCCUGGACACUCGGCCGCUGCAGUCCUCUGCCCUACUAGACAGCAGCAGCAGCAGCAGCAGCAGCAGCAACAGCAGCUCAUCCGGACCCAACCCUUCUACCUCCUUUGAGCCCAUCAAGGCAGACCCCACAGGAGUUCUGGAACUCCCCAAAGAGCUGUCAGAAAUCUUUGAUCCCACACGAGAAUGCAUGAGCUCAGAGCUGCUGGAGGAGCUGAUGUCCUCAGAAGUGUUUGCCCCCCUCCUCCGCCUUUCUCCACCCCCCGGAGACCACGAUUACAUCUACAACCUGGACGAGAGUGAAGGUGUCUGUGACCUCUUCGAUGUGCCUGUUCUCAACCUCUGACUGACAGGGACAUUCCCUGUGUGGCUGGGACACAGACUAUGUGACCUGGGGGCUGCCUGAGGACCUCCCCUGCUCUAUCCCUACACGGCUUGAGAGCCACAGACUCCUGGCUUCCCCAGCCUUCCCUCACUGCAGUUCUGAUCAAAACUCCCACUCCUGCACGAUUAGAGCACCUGUACCGUGCUAGGAAAGCAGGGGAAAGGGGCUCAGCCCCCUUCACCAUGGAGCCAGAGUGUUUGCCUCUCCUUUUCUGGGGCUUUCCCCCACCUCAUGCCCUCUCAGAGCCCUCUCAGAGCCAAGGCUCGGCUGCCACUCAGUGGCACAGAACUGAAGACCUGCCAUCAUCCCCAUAGGGCAGCUUGUCCAGCCCCACUGCCCUGUUCCAGCCAACACCUCCCACUCUGGGGAGGGAAGCUGAGGGUGGAGCCAGAUGCUUGUCAGCACCACUCCGAGCCUCCUUCAUUUCUCCCCACCCCUGACCCUGCAGCUCCCCCUAGACCUCUCCUGUGUACCCCUCAUCUGCUGGACCUUUAGCUCUGAGUACCUAGGGGGGGUGGGGAGGAGAAUGGCUGUCAACCAGAAGGAACAGAGGUCUUUAGCUAGAAAUCUGGGCAGGUGAGCCCCUGAGGAUUGGCCCAAUCUCCUGCUGCCCUGUAGACCAACCCUCCCUUCUUGUUUAUUCAUUUACCCUCAUUUAGAGCCAUUUGCAGAGAUUUAGAAAGAUUUGCAGUAACGAAUGGAUUCCUAUAUAAAGAUUAUUUUUAUACUUUUUGCAGCAAAAGGAAAUUGUAAUAUUUGUACAGUAUCCAAGUGAAUAAAAAAAGACCAUGCCUAAGGCUA